AUGUUUCGCGAUGAUACAUUAAAUUAUUUACUUGGAUGCAUUGCAGAGACAACAUGGAAAUGUCCGCUGGGUUUUUGGAGGUGCAAUGAUUUGGAGUGCAUCAGGUCUGAAUACAUCUGUGAUGGUCUGGUUGAUUGUUUCGACGAGAGCGAUGAAGCAUCCAGCCUCUGCAACCAAAGUAAAUCAAUGCUAGACAGAAAAAACUGCAUUCACUUUCAAACACUUUUCAAAUGCAUAGACAGAUCGAUGUGUCUGUCGUUCAAGCGGUUAUGCAAUGGCGUGCAGGACUGUGUCGAUGGCUCCGACGAAAGAUCGUGUGCAAGUCAGUUCAAGAGUUGUUUUGGCGCAGUUUCCUAA